AUGACUGCUCGAUCUCGAGUAACAAUGCAUACUGGAAUAAACCGUGGAAAGAAGGACGUAUUGAAAAUAUCUAGCGUAGAAUUCAGGUGUUUUUGUCAGCAUGGACCCCGCGAAUGCGAGAAAAACGCUCUUCAAGCUUGUGUUAUGUCGUAUUUACCUGAUGUCGAUGAUCAUCUGGAGUUGAUAGGUUGCAUUCAAGGAGGUGCUGCAUUCAACGAUUCUGUGGCUUCAUGUAUCAGCAAUGAUGCAUUGAAAUCUCGCGCCACAAGCGACCAAAUAGCAAAGUGCGCUCAGUCCGAUUUGGGCCGUAGUCUUAUGUCUCAUCACGGGCGGAUUCAAAAUAGUAGGGCACCUGAAGUGACGUGGGUCCCUUGGAUUCUGAUCAACAGUGUUCGGGAAAAAGAAGCUGAACGGUCACUGCAGAAAGUGCUCUGUCAACGCUACUUCAAACCUCCUCCGCCCGAGUGCGCCGCGUUCGGUCCAAGUUCAUCAGAGCAGAUAUAA